AUGUCGACCACAGAAGUUCAACUUAGUGAACGCCUUCCAAUGUUAUCGUCGACCGAAGAGGUCAUUCAUUCAAAUCCGGUUGCUCCAAUACCGAUUGUAACCGAAACUACAACUGUAGUUAAAAAACAUGUCGAUCUUAAUAUUAUACCUGAGGACAAUAAUAAAUUUAUUCAAGUUAUUCGACCAUUAUUAGUUGAACUUAUUGGUACAGCAUUAUUUGUACUUAUUGGUUUAUGGGGAGCUUGUUCAGAAGGUGGUGUUAUUGCUGCUGCAUUAUCAUUUGGUCUUGCUUUAAUGGUAUUAGCAGCUAGUUUUGGUCAUAUAUCAGGUGUUCAUUUUAAUCCAUCUGUUACAAUUGGAGUUUUAAUUGCUGGCGAAAUGCAAGCCGUUAUGGCAAUACUUUAUGUUGUCAUGCAACUUUUAGGAGGCAUUGCUGCUGCUGGUCUUUUACGUUUAUUACUUGCAUCAAGACGUUUUAACGAGUGUCAAGGUGGAGCAACAUUUCUAAAAGUAUAUGACGCAUAUACUAAAACAAAUAGUUCUGGACAAAUUCAGUAUGUUGUAGAAGAUUAUGUACGAGUUUGGCAAGGAAUUUUAAUUGAAGCUAUUGUUACAUUUGUACUUGUCACAGUUAUUCUUAUGGUUGCACUUGAUACAAAAUCAAAAACUGGACUUGCACCUGUUUUAAUCGGAUUUACUUUAGCAGUUAAUAUUCUUGCUAUUGGAGCAUAUACUGGUGGUUCACUUAAUCCAGCUCGUUCACUUGGCCCAGCUAUAUUUAGUGAAGUAUGGAAGCAUCAUUAUGUUUAUUGGAUUGGCCCACUUGUUGGAGCUAUUGUUGCUGGUUUUCUUUAUCGAACGGUUUGGGCACAUCAUGAUCGUCGGGGCAGAAGGACAAUGAGCAAAUCAGAUAUACGUAAACGUCAACGAACAACAAGUGGUAACAGUGAUUCAGAUUCAGAUUCCGACUCAUCACGUUCAAAAAAUAUAUUUACUGAUGGUUAUGAUGAAAAUUAUCGUGGUGAUGCUAAUGAUCGAGCAUGGUUGAAAACUCUGUCUGAACGUGAACGUGAAGCUGAAUUAUUAAAAAGACAUGAACAACGAGAAAUAAUCAAACGUCGUGAGGAAAUCAAUAAAAGACUUAAAUCUAAAGCUGAAGAAUCCGGAAUAAAAAGUGAAGAAGAAGGUGAAAUUGAUGAUCAAGAUGAUGACAGUGAUAAUGACAAGUCAAAUAAAACUUCUAUACGUAAAUCAAAUUUAUAUGAUAAUGAUAUAUAUGCUGAAGAUGAUGAUGAUGAUUUUCCAUCAUCAACAAAUAGAAGAAAACAAAUCAAUGCUACGAAACAAAAAGAAACUGAACAUAGUAAAUCACUUCAAUUAUUAGUUGAAGGAAGAAAAAAGAAACAAGAUGAAAGAAUCAAAAAGACAUCUAUAAAACCCGAAGAUGCUUCUUCAAGUGAUGAAGAUAAUCCUGACAAAAGCUCCAAAACAAAUGAAAAAGAUGAAAAAUGGAAAGUAACUGACGUUUAUCAAACAUCUAGUGAAGAUGAUGACGACGACGAUGAUGAUAGUCGUGAUAAUCGUCGUGCUCGAUCACGUUCACCUGAUGAUCGAACGCUCGAUUCUCGUGAUCAUGAUUCCAAACGAAAACGAUGUACACCUAUAACAACGAAAGAUCAAUUAAAAUCUAUGAUAUUAUCUCGUUUUCGUAUGGAAAAAUGGUGUCAUUCACCAUUUUUUAGUGAUGUAGCAAAAGGUUCAUUUGUUCGUAUUAAUAUUGGUCAAAAUAAUGGUGAACCUGUUUAUCGAGUUUGUGAAAUAAGUGAUGUUGUUGAAACAGGAAAAAUUUAUAAUCUCGGUUCAACACGUACUAAUAAAGGUCUUCGUUUAAAACAUGGCAAUAAUGAACGUGUCUUUCGAUUAGAAUAUGUGUCAAAUAAUGAAAUAUCCGAUAAUGAAUUUCAACGAUGGAGAGAAGCUAUGAUUCGACAAGGUAUUUCAUUACCAACACUUGAUGAUAUUGACAAAAAAAUGAAAGAAAUUGAAAAAUGUAAACAUUAUGUUUUAAGUAAUAAUGAUAUAACAAAAAUAGUUCAAGAAAAAAAACGAUUUCGUAAAGCACCAACAAAUUAUGCGAUGUCAAAAAAUGAUUUACUUAAAGAAAUAGAAAUGGCAAAAGAUGAAAAUGAUAUUGAAAGAGAAGGUGAAUUAAGAAAACAACUUACUGAAAUGGAAGAAAGAGCCUCUGAACUUGAUCGUAAAAGAUCAGAGAAUAUCUCUGUCAUGGCGUAA